AUGGUCCGUCAACGAAACCCUCGCGCUCAACUUGCAGCUUCUAUUGCAACCCCAAACGGUGCUAACACACCAUCCACUGCGAAUACACGCAUGCCAAAUCAAGCUGAAACGUGGUUCUUGAGCUUUGCACUCUUCGUGUACGACCCGACCGCCAGCAUCAGGAGUAACUUCGACCGACUAUCAUCACAGCGCAAGUGGGGCGACAAGCUUCGAAGGAAGCAUUGGACAAACUGUCAGGCAGCUUCAGCAGCCCUAGAUCACGAUGAUACGGAUAACGAUGUCCAUACCCAAACCCCAAGUCAGGCUGGUGCAUGGUUCCAGAAGUUCCCACCUUUCGUGUACAACCCGACGGCUGGAAUCAGGAGCAAUUUCGAGCGCCUAGCGGCGCAGCGCAAGUGGGCCGGAAAGACUGUGAGAAAGCGCUGGGCUGAGUGUCAGGCGGAAGAGUUCGACUAUGCAUAUGGAACAGAUACGACGAAGCUAGAAACCUGGCAGAAUCUCUGUCGCGAGGUACACGUUAGCGAUCCACCAGGCAGUAUCACCCAGUGCAAGAGGGUGCUUGGUAGCCGGAAUGUCUUGGUCAACCUGGUUAAUCUUAUCGAUCAUCGUAACAUUGGUGUUGAGGUCAUCCGGUUUAAGAACUACUACAAGUUCCGGGAAUAUACAUCACCGGACAACAUUUUUCCUCGAGGGAGGGCGAAACAGGACGGUUUCAUAAGCGCGUUGUUGAGGAAGCUAUGA